UAUUACAAAAAAAAGAGACUGGUUCAGGAGAGCUGAAGUUGUUAGCGGGUGUCGUUUCUGGUUUUUGACCCACCAAAGCAGUGGAGCUGGGCGACUUUUAGGACGUACUUUGUUUAUACGGUCUAUGGACACAAGGGAGGGGUUUUGCUAACGAGAGAGAGAGAGAGAGAGAGCUGAAAUCGAAAGCGGGAGAUGCGGUAGUGCUGUAAACCUCUUGUGUUCGCUUUCAAACACAUCAUGGAUAUCAGCAGAUUCAGAGCCAUGUUACUAGAGAUCUCUAAUAAACUUACUCAAGACAACCUGACGAGUCUAAAGUUCCUGUGCCCACAAAUCGGGAAGAAAAAGCUCGAGAAAAUCGAUAAAGGAAUCGAUCUUUUCGAGUGCUUGAUCGAAAGAGCCGAACUCGGGCCUGAGAACACCGAUCUUCUGCGGAAACAUCUAAAGCAUAUCGGCCAGGCGGUUCUUCUGGAUAUAAUAGAUCAGUAUGAGACGGGGUCGACGGGAAGCCCUCCUGAUGUGCCGGACGACAAAGAGCGAGAAAAAAUAAACAUAGCAACUGAUGUAAUCGUUGAACACGUGGGUAAAAAGUGGCGUCAAGUUGGAAGAAAGCUGGGACUUCAGGAACCUCAGCUGGAAGCCAUACAGGAGAAGCACAGCCGUGACCUGGAGGAGCAGGUGAGGGAGCUCAUCACGCAGUGGAUGAAGACGAGGAGAGCCGACGCCAGGGUGGAGGACCUCAUCACAGCGCUGCGGGACUGCAGACAGAACCUCACUGCGGACCUCGUGCAGAAAAAAAUCAAAGAGCUCGGCGCGCACUGAGAACCGCCACCGUUCCAUCACAAACUCUCGGAUUUGAUAAUGUGAAUUUAUUUUUGGAGGAACCGAAUUGCGUUUACGGAUCUUUCUGAACGAACCGCACACGGCCUUGUUUAACACCGAUUCGAGGAAAUGCGUUAGAUAAUAUAUUUUGCAUUCGUAAUAUUGCGGAGCAUCGUUUUAGACAUUGUUAGAUGCUCAUUCACCUUCUCGAGACAAGGUUUUUUUUAGGUUCUCUCUUAAAACACAAAUGAUUUACGACACUUAAAAAGGAAUAAAGGGAUCAUGAUGAGUGAGUGAGUGACUGAACGACUGUUCGAAUAAACCCGUUUGGAGCCGUAACUUUUUCUCGUUUUAUACUUAAAGGUAUAGGAACGCUAAAUCCCAAGAUUUCAAUAUUGCGCAAGCAGGCUGUCAGAGAAAGAUUCAUUACUCGGGAGUUCAGUGCCCAUGCAUGUUUCGGCAUGGAGUCAUCUGUCGUCUCAGAUCCUCCUGGAAGGUUUCUGGAGAUUAUUCGGGAACUGUUUAUUUUGACUCAUCUCAACUUUAUCCCACACUGGCUGUACAGGUUGUUUCCCAAAAGCAGCCUAAACGGCUCUGAGAACCGAUGCCAGUCAUUUUCUACCGUCUGUUUAAGCUUCGAAUUGCAUUCAAAUCUGUAAAAAAAAACUCGUGUGAUGUGCUCUCAAACUAAAAAUAAAAUACAGAAAUCUGAA